CUUACCACCAUGGUUGACACAAUCUCCGGAUAUUUCUUGUGUCUAUUAGCACAUCUAGUUCUAGUUUCGGUUUUGUUCUUCAACCAGGUUUGUGAUUCCGAAAACUCACAGGCGGAAUUCGUUGUGCUGCUGUCCCUUCUUCUGUUCUUCGAUGUCAGCGAAUUGCUUCUGCUUCUCAUCAGAAUGCCUUCACUCGGGGUCUCACUCUUCUCAUCAUUUAGUCAUGCCCUUAGUUGCCUUUUUUUGUUGAAAUUUAUUAUCGACUCUCAUCCAGUAAGCAACUUCUGGGUGCUGUUUGCACUCACAUCUUUCCCUCCGCUAUUCAUUAAUGAUUUCAGCAAGCGUUCGUCGGGAAUCUGCUGA